AAAGAACCGACUACAAAACGCUCUCUCUCUCCCUCUCUCCCCCCCCUGUUUCAAUUCAAUCUUCUCAGAAAAUGAUAAUCGGUAGCAAUGUCAGUGGUGGCGCGUCGAAGAAGAGGCAGCGCGUGGGGAGCAACAACCGUCUCUCCUCCACCACCGCCGUCAUCGACUCCUCCCGCCCCGACGGAACCCUAACCGACUCCUCACGCAAACCGCCGUCUCUCCGCCGCUCCAAUUCUCACUCAUUACUCCCCUCCUCCUCCGCCGCCGCCGCCGCUAGUGGCGGAUUCAACGACUCAGCCACCGCUGACGUCAUCCUCCGCCUCUAUCUCGAACUGCCAUCGCCAUUCGACUCCGACGACUCCGCCGUCGGUUCCGUGGACCAAGCUGAAUUUCAGGUCUACCUGCACUCCGAUGUCCUUCGCAGAUCGAAGUAUUUCGCUGCGUUGUUAUCGGAUCGAUGGAAGAGAGAGUCCGGCGAUAUGGAUCCCGAGAGCUCUCGGAAAAUCUAUCGGUUCAAUUUGGGCGUUGCGGCCACAACUGGAUCAAUCGACAAUCAUUUGACUGUUCUUCAGCUUCUUUACACGAAUGAUUUCUCGACUGUGAUCGAUUGCGUUUCGACGGCUCUCUUGAUACUUCCCGUGGCUCUCGAGCUUCUGUUCGAAGAUUGUGUUAGGUCUUGCGUUCGAUUUCUCGAGGCCGUGCCGUGGACUGAAGAGGAAGAGAAGAUGAUUCUGAGUUUUGUUCCUUUUUUAAGAGACGAAGAGUCUAAGGAGCUUCUCGCUAGGGUUUCGCCUGCGAAGAACGAUUCAUCUGUGGAAAUGCUUCACGGAUUGAUUCUCACGGCAAUUCAUAACCAUCCAAACAUGGCAUUCGCAAAAGCUUUCGUAGCGAAGCUUUUGAGGGACUUUUCGUCGAGGGAAUCGGCACGGAGAGUGUUGGAUUUAGCGUUCGAGACGAGUUUGAAGAUCGUGAAGGAGUCAUUGGAGGAGUAUUCAAGCCCGGCUUUUAGAGGAGACCAUAAUGAGACGGAGGCUAUUCAGAGGUUGAAUUUGCAUACUGCGAUGACGAAUGGGAGGCAUCUGUUGUGGUUGAUCGAAAGGAUGAUUGAGUUGAGAGUGGCAGAUAAUGCCGUGAAGGCGUGGAGUGAACAGGAUUCAUUCACGGCGGAUUUGCAGAGGGCAUUUCGAGAUGAUGCGUGGAGGAAUAUUGUGCCGGGACUUCCGGCUGUUGUGCUUCGAUGCACUUGCAAGCUUGCCAACGCUGUUGCUGCUGGAACCAUUUUGGCUGAUAGACAGGUUAGGAUGAAGCUCGUUAAAGAUUGGCUUCCAGUGUUGAAUGUAUGCAAAGAUCACGUCUCGCCCAUGCUGCCCAGUCAUAAAUCACUGUAUUUGGAGCUCGAAGAAACAUUCCUGAAAAUUAUCUCUACACUGCCCAUGUUGGAUGCACAGGAAUUGUUGCAGCAGUGUCUCAGCUUCUCAACUCGAAACGUUGAAGACUGUCCGCAUUUGGUAACUGCAUUCAAUACCUGGUUCCGUCGUGCAACUCGUCCCCCACAAGCCGAAAAUCUUUGUGAGUAGGGUUUUUAAUAGUCAGUGUUUGUUCUACCAUAGGUUUCAUGCCUUUCCUGUCAAAUAUUGUGCAUAUUGAUCUGAUGUUAGGGUGUAAAACUGAUGACUGUGUACAUAGACCUUGGUCUCUCAUGAAAGCAAACCAUGUAAAGCAUCUGUAGUUCGAGGAAAUAAAUCUUUGAAGGCUGUUGCUGAGCCAACUGUUUGUGGCUGGUUUUUAAUGCCAUUUGAUA